AUGACUGGCGCUGCAGGUUAUGGAGGAGUCAUUAGUGACUCUAAUGGGAACUGGAUUGUUGGAUACACUGGUAGUUCUAAGCACACAACUAGUUUACAUAUGGAGCUAAUGGGUCUUUUACAUGGCCUUCGUUUAGCACACCUCCGCCAGCUCACACAUUUGGAAGUAGCUGUUGAUGCAAAAGAGGUAUUAAAUUUGUUAAAUGCAGAUAACAUAUUUUACUCACACAUUCUUAAUGACUACAGAUCCGCUCUCCACCAGCUGGCUGAUCCUCAUGUUACUCAUACAUAUCGGGAGCAAAAUCAAGUGGCGGAUACUAUGAAAAAACACGACCUUAUGGAAUAUCGUGGACCAUCAAUGCUCGUUUUUUAA